AUGGAAAAAGGAAAUCACUUGGAGGCGACUAAGUUCAUUCUCUCAGGACUGACAGAUCGUCAGGAGCUGCAGGUUCCCCUGUUUGUGGUGUUCCUACUGAUUUAUGGUAUCACCAUGGUGGGGAAUGGGGGGAUGAUCUUGUUAAUCACCAUUGACCCCCAACUCCACAUCAUGUACUUUUUCCUCAGUAAUUUGUUUUUCUGUGACCUUUGCUUAUCCUCAAUAAUUUCCCCUAAGAUGCUGCUGAAUUUCUUAGCACAGAGGAAAAGCAUUUCUUACUCUGCCUGAACUGUGCAAAUGUCUCUCUUUGUCGCUUUUUCAGAUGUUGAGUGUCUCUUGCUGGCUGGAAUGGCAUAUGACCGUUAUGUGGCCAUCUGUAACCCACUGCUCUAUACGGUCACCAUGUCCAGGCAGCUUUGUAAACAGCUGGUGGCUGGGGUGUAUGCUGGGGGGGUGGUGGAUUCAAUGAUACACACAUUGCUUACAUUUCGGCUGUCAUUCUGCAGCUCCAACAUCAUCAAUCAUUUCUUCUGUGACAUCCCCCCACUGCUGGCGCUCUCCUGUUCUGAUACUCUCAUCAAUGAGAUUGUGAUGUUUACUUUAGUGUGCUGCAUUAUAGUGAGCAGCCUUGUAACUGUCCUCCUCUCCUAUGUCUAUAUCACCUCCACUAUCCUGCAGAUCCGCUCUGCCGAGGGCCGGUGCAAAACCUUCUCCACCUGCACUUUCCACUUGACUGCUGUGGUCCUGCUUUUUGGCACCUUCCUCUUCAUGUAUUUACGUCCCACUUCCAGCUAUUCCAUGGACAUGGACAAAGUGGCCUCAGUGUUUUACACGCUGGUGAUCCCCAUGCUGAACCCCCUCAUCUACAGCCUGAGGAACAUGGAGGUGAAGGAUGCCCUAAGGAGAGCAAUGAAUAAACUCCUAACCAAUUCCUGA